AUGGGGUUUGCCAGGCUAAUAUACGUAGCGCUUUUCUGUCCAUCCCUCAUUUCGCCCACCACGGCGUUCGACCUCUCUUGCAACACAAACUAUGUAUCAUACUACGGACAGAAUUCAGCGCGCAAUCAGAAAUCCUUAGGCGCCUACUGCCAAGACGCCAUUGAAGAUGUCAUUGUGCUGUCCUUUAUGGAUGGCUUUCCAAACAUCGACUUGAACUUUGCUAACGCAUGCGAGACGACAUUCGACAGCAGCCACAUUCUGCACUGUCCAAACAUGGCUGCUGAUAUAAAGUCCUGCCAGUCAGGAGGUAAGGUGGUGCUGCUGUCGCUUGGUGGGGCGUCUGGUGCGUACAGUUUCUCGAGCGACGAGGAUGGGAGAGGUUUUGCCGAGACUGUCUGGAACAAGUUCUUUAGGGGCUCUGAUCCUCAGCGCCCCUUCGAUGAUGCUGUUCUUGACGGCAUUGAUCUUGAUAUUGAAGGCGGCAGCACCACGGGAUAUGCUGCCUUUAUUGAGCAGCUGCGCUCGCACUACAAAUCGGAUCCAAGCAAGAGAUAUUACAUUGCAUCAGCACCACAAUGCCCAUUCCCAGACGCAUAUCUUGGCCCCGUUCUAAACUCUGCCUGGUUCGACAUGGUGUUUGUCCAGUUCUACAACAACUACUGCAGCCUCAAUGCGUUUCCCAACUGGUUCAAUUUCAACGACUGGGAUAACUGGGCCAAGACCCAGUCUGUGAACAAGGGUGUCAAAGUAUUCAUUGGCGCCCCCGGUGCAUCAUCUGCCGCGUCAUACGGAUAUGUCGAUGGAGCCACAUUGCAGAGAAUAUACGAGUCUGUGCGAGCAACCUACUCGAGCCUUGGUGGCGUCAUGACCUGGGACGUCAGUCAAGCACGCACUAGUGGC